AUGGAGGACCCCAUUUUUAAAUUUUAUUCAUUGGAGGAUCUCGUCCCAAGCAUGAUGAAACUGAAAGAACCUUAUGUUUAGGAGAAUGCGGGACUGACAAGAAGGAGAAAUCUAAUGGUGUCAAAGAACUACUUAGAUAAAAAAUUUAGUGCCAAGGAAUUGUCACAGAGGUCAAUGGAAAGUGCGCUAAAUACUCUUGAGUAGGGUCUCCACUCAUAAAAUCAUCUAAAUUUGGAUUGCUAAGGUAGGGGAGGAAAAAAGAUUAAAAAAAAUUUAAUUAGAUACCCUUUGGAACAAUUAGAUUUUAUUGGAAAGUGCAAUCUGAAUUCAAAAGGAAGGUUAAAUAAAUGUAAUCAGAGUUAGUUUAGGCCAAGGCGGUGAUACAUAGGCGGGGUAAAUUCUUGGAUAGAGACCUUUGGGUCGUUAAUGGUACAAGAUGAUAUGGAUAUCCUUAAUCAUGUUUUCUAUAUGA